CGCCAAUCAGCGGCCACGUUACAAAGUACCUCAACCCAACAUAAACCUUCAGCCAAUCACAUGCUUGGACGUUUGGUAUAAAUAUUACGUCAUUUCCUCCCUUCGCCCUCUUUUCACCGUGUGGCCAGGUUUCCAUACGGCGUUGUUUCGUGCUCUCCCAUAACUCGUAACGCAGGGAAAGUGGUCACGAUGUCCGGAGGUCUGGAUGUCCUUCAAAUGAAGGAGGAGGAUGUGCUGAAGUUCCUGGCUGCAGGAACCCAUCUGGGAGGCACCAACCUGGACUUUCAGAUGGAGCAAUAUGUAUACAAGAGAAAAAGUGACGGUGUGUACAUCAUUAAUCUGAAGAAGACCUGGGAGAAGCUGCUGCUGGCAGCCAGAGCUAUUGUUGCCAUUGAGAACCCAGCUGAUGUGUGCGUCAUCUCCUCCAGAAACACAGGACAGAGGGCAGUGCUGAAGUUUGCCUCUGCCACCGGUUCCACCACCUUCCAUGGUCGCUUCACUCCUGGUACAUUCACCAAUCAGAUCCAGGCAGCUUUCAGAGAGCCCCGUCUCCUGAUUGUGACAGACCCUCGUGCUGAUCAUCAGCCGCUGACUGAAGCUUCCUAUGUCAACAUCCCUACAAUCGCCCUGUGCAACACAGACUCUCCUCUGAGAUACGUGGACAUUGCCAUCCCCUGCAACAACAAGGGCCACCACUCUGUCGGUCUGAUGUGGUGGAUGCUGGCCAGGGAGGUCCUCAGGCUGAGGGGAACCAUCUCCAGGGAGCACCCUUGGGAGGUCAUGCCAGAUCUGUAUUUCUACAGAGAUCCUGAAGAGAUUGAAAAAGAGGAGCAGGCUGCAGCUGAGAAGGCUGUUGGAAAGGAGGAGUUCCAGGGUGAAUGGAGCGCUCCUGCAGCAGAGUUUACUCAGCCUGAGGUGACGGACUGGUCCGAGGGUGUGGCAGUACCAUCUGUGCCCAUCCAGCAGUUCCCUGCUGCUACUGCUACUCUGAAGACGGGAGAGGGCUUUUCUGAGGACUGGAGCACUCAGCCUGCCACAGAGGACUGGUCCACUGCCCCCACUGCUCAGGCCUCUGAGUGGGGAGGUGCCGCCUCCGACUGGUCUUAAGUUGUUUUUGUUGGCAACAAUAAAAGUGUUUUCCACACUUGAA